CCGGCCCCCCCCACCCCACGAGACCAGCCCAUCUAGGCCCUGCCCUUUUCUGGCCUUGGCCCCGCCUCAACAGGAGCUCAGUCCCGCCCGGUAUUGGCCCCGCCCCUUCUCGACCAAGCCUUCAGGUCCCGGCAGGGUCCUGGCAGGGGCCGCCCGCAGGGUCUUGGGACUGAGGAUUAAACUUUGAUCCAAGCUUUUCGAACAGAACAACUGUUUUGGUCCCGAGCGGACCGGUACGUAUCGAGUCUCCUGCGGCCCUGCCCCUGCCAGGUCCCGGGGAGUUCUCGGACGCCCCAUCAACCCUCGGCUCCCUUUGCUGGCCCCGGCACGGGUGCUGACCCCGAUGGUCCUGCUGGGCAUCCCCGCGGCAGUGCUGGCAGCGCUGGGCGCGCAGCUACUGUUCCAGCUGCAGGCCGGUCGCGCCGAGCUGCGGGGGUCGCGUGUUCCCCGGAUGGACCCCGAGCUGGGCGCCGGCCCCGGGCUGCCCGAGGACGCGGCCGGGGCACUGCUGCCUCUAGCUGCUGCGCUGGCCGCGCUGGCCCUCGUGCUGGGCCUAACCUGCCUGGUGCUCGCUGCGCUCUGCGGACAUCUGGGCGCCGAGCUGGCCCGGGGACCUGGACUAAGCAGCCUCAGGUCCGCUGGGUUCCUGUCGGACUGCCGCCCACUCAGGCACACAGCCCUCGGUCUCUUCUGCUCUGGGAUCUCCAUCUACCUGGCAGCGCUGUCCAUCUACGCCCUGCUGCUCUUCGAGAUUGAGGCCGGGGCUGCCGCCGCCGCCAUCCUGGGCCUGGGUGUCCUCGUCCUCGCGGCAGCGCUGACCCUCACUCUGCGCCAGACUGCCCGCGCCUCCCGCCAUGGCCCUCAGGAGCUGUCCCCUUCGCCGCCGCCGCAUUGUGAAGAUGACACCAUCCACCCCAUCGAGGGCUGCAAGGCCGGCCCCCGGGCCUCUCAUCAGCAGGGUACCCACCGCCAGAACCCCUGCUCAUCCUGUCCAGAGCCUGGGGACCCCUUCAUACCUGCCACCGUAGGGGGAGGCCAGGACAGAGGCCUGCUUGCACCCCGCUCGCACCAGACUCUGCUGGCUGGCAGGGGACCGUGGGAAGGGAUUACCCUUGAGAUGUGCAACAUGCUGGGCCACCGGCCAGGGGGCUCAGGGAAGGACUCCACACUCGUGUAAGCCCCAUGUCACGGACAGAGAGAUGGUGCCGGGAAGUAGGGAGAGCACUCAGGAGAGACAAGUCCAGAUGCAGCCACAGCAGGGUCCGGAGUGAGAGUACAGCAGGUAGGCUGGUUGCUCUGCAUGCAGCCGACACAGGUUCAAUCCCUGGUGUCCCCUGUGGUCCCACCAAUAGUAAUUCCUGCAUGCAUGAGCACCACCAGGUGUGGCCCAAACUCCCCGUCCAGAAAAUUUAUCAGGCAACCUAAUCUCUCAGUUCACAGCAUCCCUGUUCACUUUGCCUCAUGACACAAAAUGGCUACCAAGGAACCAACCAUUACCUCCUUAUCUAGACAGAUAUGCACAGGUCAGGGUUGGCUUGACAACUUUCAAGGCUUCCUGGGAGAUUUACAUCCUACUGGCCAGCACAAUAACUCAAGUCAGGGCUGGCUGGAAGAUGGAACUCUUGGGAAUGAAGUGACAGGUGCAGGGUGGACUGGGCAGGGAGGCCAGGGCAGUGGUUUGCUCAAUGUUUCUGUCCAUUUCGCAGAUGAGGAGAUCGAGGCCAGAGAGGGGCAGUGACUCACUGUGUCCUCUAAGUACCUCCCUGCUAGUACUGAGCAUCAGAACCAGGACUCACACCCAGAUCCAGAAGCCUCUUGCUGCUGCCAUCAGACCCCGCAACUCCUCCUGGCUGGAGCAUUUGGAAGCUCAGCAUCAGGAGCAUGGGCCCCUCAAGACUGCACCUCAGUGUCCUGGGGCGUCACCAUCCUCCCCAGGUUCCCAGGUGGGAACCAUGCUUGGGGCGUGGCCAGGCCGUAGUGUCGGGAAUGGGCUGUCACCCGAGUCGGACAUUCACAGGGGUCCUACUGCUGUGAUGCACAGACUCAGGGACCCCCUGGGAAGCUGUCAGUCUCUCAGGUGGCCCCAGUGAGCACAAUUAUCAGCACCAACUGCCAAGUAGGAAGAAUAAAGUUCCGAGUUCACUGUGUGCCUGGUUCUGAGCAUGGUGGGUGGAGGAGCUACACAGGAGAAAGUGGGGUGGUGUCCACAGCUGGAGUCCUGCAA